AUGUCGUUCAUGUCCAAGUUUCUCGCCUUGUUUCGUCGCAAGAAGCAGCACUCAUCCGCCUGCAUGAUGUCCUUGGAGGACAAUCACGUCCACACAGAUGCGUGCUUCGUCAACAUCGUUCCGUUAUCCCUGGUCGAGCUCUUCAGCUCUCAAGGCUGCGUCUCUUGUCCGCCAGCUCUGCCCAAUAUCUACAAGACAGUUCUCGCUAAUCCCAACGCGCUCUUGCUCACGUACAACGUGACUUACUGGGACGGCAAGAGUGGCUGGAAGGACACUUUCGCGCAGAAUCAGUGGGACCAGAGACAGAAAGCUUACGCUACCAAGAACGGAAAGCCGGGCGUGUACACGCCGCAGGUCAUUUGGGAUGGUCUUGCUGAUGGGGUGGGCGGCAAAGAAGAGGAAAUGAUGGACAUCGCUGCUAAGGGGAUCGCGGCUAGAGAGCGUGUCGACGUUGGUUCUGUGACUUUGAGCAUCUUCGGUGACGAGAUCAGAAUUGCCUCCGACAGAACGGAAGCGGAGCAUUGUGAUGUGACAGUCGUUGCAUACAACUCACGUGAGCAGGCUGUUAAGGUCGGGGCGGGUCCUAACAAGAAGAAGAAGAUCGCGCACAACAAUGUCGUCGUCGACAUGAUGAAGCUGGGGACCUGGAAUGGAGGCAACGUAUUGCUCGCCUUGCCCGCUGCUGGUGACAGCUCCCUGGAGAGAGCGGUCUUCCUGCAGGCCGGCCCGGGAGGCUCAAUUGCCGCGGUUGCGAAGGUGUGA